AUUGUGGGUAAAAAGAAGGUUGUUAAUGUUCACAAUUCAUUUUGUACACGAAUUCUAUGCGCGUGAGAUAGAUCGAGGCGAUGUUUUGGAUUACGAGAAGGCAGAGAAGAUGACAGCAAAAUGAGACCUCUAAAUCAGCUUGUUUCUCCACCUUCGCAGUCCCAAAGCUGCAGGAACUGUCCUACUCGUGCAUCCUAGUUUACAAGGCAGAUGUCUUUUUGUCGCGAAGCUCUGUCGAAAGUUACAACUUUCGUUCAGAAGCUGGCCUGGGCCCGCUGGGUUUGUAAAUUGUGAAUUCCCCACCGCACUGAAUUGAGAACGCGAGUGUUAUUUGAUAAAAAAAGGUCACCAUGGAUGUGAAUGGAAUGACCCCUUCCACCCCUAGUCAGCCAGGGAAAAAAUGCACCAGUUACAAGCUACUGGUGGAUCCGAACAUCAAGAAGAAUUGCCAAAAGUUAGUCAGAUACGAUGGCAUUGUUUCAGGGCAAAUGUCACUUUCUGUGAAGUUUGUAAAGGAUCCUCGCUCCAGAUUGACAAGAUUAUGGAGAACAACAGAAGCUGCAGAUUUGCCCAUACCAAAAAUGAAGUUUGAUAAAUACUAUGUUGGCGAGCUUCCACCCAAGCAAAUCACCUUCACCAACCUCAACGACAAUGUUCGUGAGCCUUUCUUGCGUUCCAUGGUGGAAAAGCAUGGCAAGGUGGAAGACGUCACAAUCUACAGGCAUCCAAAGACCUCCAAACAUCUGGGCCUUGCGUCGGUGACCUACACCACCACCAGGGCGGCUAAGCAAGCAGCACUGGAGCUGAACCGCACAUCCGUUAUGGGGAAGAUCAUUAUAGUGCAGAUUGAUGCUGGUGGGAAGGAAUGCCAGAGGAUUUUUGAUUGUCUGUCUGCCAACAAGCCAAGCACACCCAGUAGUGUUGGUUCUACACCACGCCUUGAUCCACGUAAUGGGACUCCUCUUUCUAGUACUGAUACCCCUCGUACACACAGUGAUCCAAGGCGUUUAUCUCUUGAGAGGCAACCUUCUACUGUCACAGACACUCCAGCUUCGUCCAUCUCAUCGUCAACGCCAGGUUUCAUGCCUCCAGAAAGUCAGACAAACUUUCCUGCUUUUGCAGAACAGCCUGUGCAGCAGUUCCAAGGGAUGCAAGACCAGUACCAGAUGCCUGAACAACCUUCCCAACAGGACAUGCUUAUGCACAGCAUGAAUUCUGUAACAUUACAAGGAUAUGAACACCUGCAGAAAGUGUAUGCUGCACAGCAAGCCGCCCAGCAGGCACAGCAGCAGGCUGGUUAUGCCCAGCAACAUGUUGAACAAAUACCACAUACUCCAACAGCAGAAAUGUAUGCUCAACAAACUCCAGCUCAGGUGCAGGCGGGGUUUACAAUGCCACAGACACCCUCCGUUCCACCUGUGCCUGAUCAGCAUAUGCUCUAUGGACACCAGCAACAUCCUGCUGUCUCGCAGGAUCCAUCUGCAGUCAACUUUCAAGCCAGCCAGCCUUACCAAGCGCAAUCCAUGAAUGUUCAAGGAUACAAUGCCCAAGAACUCCCAGUGCAAAAUCAGACUGAAAUGCCAGGGUAUUCCUCGAGCAGUGCAGGUGACAAUUCAAAACAGUAUCAAAAGGUGGACCAUUCGCAGUCCAGUAAAAAUCAGAACUAUAUGGGACAUGGUGAUUUACACCGCACUCAUGCAGAGGAAAGUCAAGAUUCAUUUCAUAGUCGGUCCUAUCAGUCACAUUCAGGAAGGGGCCACAGACACUCUGGUCAGUCUGGUUCUAAGCAAUAUGAUGAUGACAAAGGUUCCAAGCGAUUUGAUGAUGAUCGAGGUUCAAAGCGUUUUGAUGAUGAUAGAAGUUCGAAGCGAUAUGAUGAUGAUAGAGGUUCAAAACGUUAUGAUGAUGAGAGAGGUUCAACAAGAUAUGAUAACAAGGGGUCCAAGCGGUAUGAUGACGAUCGAUCAAAAAAGUGGGAUCAUAGGGAUAGACAGGACUAUCGAUCAAACAAACGAAAUGAAAGGCAGCGAUAUCGAAGUCAAGAUUACAGUGAGGAGGAUGAUGAUGAUGGAGCCAGCUACCGGCAGAAAGGCCAUCGACAUGGCCACUAUCGGUCAAGAGACUCUGGUGAUAGGCAUCGUCAUGAUGAUUCUUAUCAUAAAAAGUCCUAUCAUAAGAGAGAUGAGAAGGAAGAAGAUUGGGACAGUCAUCAAAGUCACAGAGCAGGUUUUAGAUCUAGGGGUUAUGACAAAAAGUAUUCUGAUUCUAGGACUUAUAGGGAUGAUCAUAGAGACAAAAAGAAGAAUAGAGACUAUGGUAAAGAAGACGGUGAUGAGCAAUUUUCCAAGUGGCGGUGUCCAACAAUGGAAGACCAGGAAGUAAAGGUGAAAGAGGAAUCUUAUGAGUUUGCCAAAUGGGAAAGCCCUGCUGAAAAGCCACUACCUCCAGCACCGAUUAGAGAAACAAGCAAGUUUGAUCAGUGCCAUGCUCCUGGGGAAGAAGCAGCUUCUGUGUCACCUGAAGAUGUCUCACCUUUUGAAGAAUGGCAGUGUCCACCUGGUGAGGAACCACCUCCUGGCACUAUGCCAUUGGUCUUACCAUCCCAACCAUUCCCACCUGGUGUUCAGGAAGGUACCAAGGAUGUAGACAAAGCAUCACAAUCCGAGGGCGAAGAGACAGAUGAGUUUGCGCUGAGCUUGGACACCAGAAUUGAAAAACUGUUGAAGAGUUCCCAAGGUCCAAUGGCAGGAUUUCCUGGAAUCCAGCUGGAGGAUUCUAGCAAUGCAGGUAAUAAUGACAGUACUACGACAUUACCGCCCCCUGGAACAGAAGAGCCAACGUUUUCACAGAGUGAAGAAUCUGUAAGGACAUCAGAUCCUGAAACCAAUACAAAUUAUGUGAAACAGGAAGAACAAUGGGGUAGAUACAGACAGGAACAACUUCCUAGAACUAACCAGGUGGAACAUCAGUGGGCUCCUGGGCAUAUGCCCCAUUCCCACAUCCCUGACCCCAUCCAUCAUCCACGUCUGGACCACCUGAAACCAAGUCCAAGCAGCAAUGGUGCCUUUGCAAGGCAGCGCUCCACUCCAACACCCCCUGGCAGACAAUCGGCUUCUGCUACCCCUCCUCCGCCGCAAGGGAAAAUGUCCCAAGGUGUUGAACUCUUAAUAAGCAAGCAGCUGGCAAAUCUACGGAACUAUGACCAGCAGAUUGCAAGUAGAGAUGUCUCGCCUAUCUCAGAUGUGAUGAGAGACAGAAGUCAGACAUCAACACCUGGCAUUGAAGAUUAUCAUAUGCAGAGGGGACAAACGCAGUGUACACCGAUGGACACUGCUGCAGAUGAUGAUGAUGAUAAAAUGAGUUUGUCUUCACUGAGCAGUGGAGAGGACACUAAAAUCGUUGUGAAUGUGCCAAUACCGGAGAAGAAACCUCAGGCUCCAAGAAUGAACUCUGUGCCAUACUCCACUUCUCACGCUUCCUGGAACACCAACCUGAACCAGCGUAGCACGAACGUUGUCAAUGCUUGGGCAGCGCAGAUGAUGCCGCCAAGCAGUGCAGGAAAUAAUCAAAUGAACCUUCAGGGACAAACUCAAACAUCUGGUUACCGACCCAACCCGAUGUUCCCACGUGGCCCUCCCCCUUCUCUUCUUGGAAUGCCCUCUCCAGCAGAAAUGGAGGCAGUAAUUGAGAGCAUGCAGAUUCCAUCCUCGUCAAGUAACCAUGAUGGCAUGCGUAAUUCAGCACAGAUGAUGCAGAUGAUGCAGAUGAUGGCCAGCAUGGGCAUGCCACCACCGUCUAUCGGUUCAGAUGGACUUCCAGAUAUCAAGCCAGAACAGCUCGCCAACUUUAACAUCCCUGGACAACCCAACCUUUUCAACUCUCCAGACAUGCAGCCAAUGAGCACACCUCAAGGUUUUCCUAGUGGGAGUGUACCCCCUUGGAUGGCUGCCACUUUCAUGCCUCCCAUUCCAGAAUCUCUGCUGCCAUCAUUGGACAAACCUCAUCGUGAUCCAGAGAAAGAACUUGUCAAUGAGGUUCUCAAAACUGUCAUUCAAGAGAUGAAGUUGAUUAUGAAGAAAGACCUGAAUCGCAAGAUGGUAGAGUCCAAAGCCUUCAAAUCCUUUGAAACAUGGUGGGAUACUUGUCAGUUAAUGGCAAAAGCAAAGGAUAUGAUGAAGCCGAAGGAGGAGGAGAAAGCCCCUAAGAAGCCUCCCCCUGCCAUACCAAGCAUGCUGGAAUCAUCCUUCUCUGCGUUUGGUAUGGAAGGAUUAGGGUUAGGACUACGAGCCAAUAUGCCAAGGAUGCCUUCUUUCAAGGUUAAGAGGAAACCAGCCUCACCACCCCCAGAGGACGAGGUAGGCGAUGUUGAUGAUGAAGUCAAGGAAGUGGAUGAGAAGAGGCCGGUCACACCGCCAGUCAUCGAUGAGGAUUCUGAUGAAAUGUCAGACACGGAACAAGAUGAAAUCACCGAACUCUCCAGCCAGACUUCAGAACCCCAGAUCCUCGACCGCAGGGAAAGGGCCAAGAGGGCCAGAGAAUUCAUCUACUCAUCCAGCAGCGAGGAGGAGGAGGAAGAAGACGAAGACAAGGAUGUCGAGAAAGAUCUAGAGGAUGAAGAUGAAGAGGAGGAGGAAGAUGAGGAUGAGGAAGAGGAAGAAGAGGAGGAGGAUGAGGAUGAAGAGGAAGAGGACGAAGAAGUUGAGGAAGAGGUUGUGACAAAGGAGGUGACCAAGAAGAAGUUGGAGAAGACGCCACCAAAGAAGGAUGAAGUUGUAGCAGUUGAUUUGGAUAAGGAGGAAGAGGAGAGUCAGGACACGCAGGAGUCUGAGACACCAAGCAAAGUAACUGAAGACAAGCCAAGUCUAUCUGAUGCGUCUGAAGAUGAUUCAGAUGAGGACUGGAGUGAAAGCAGCUCCAGUUCCGAGACGGAAUCCUCUAGUUCGGAAUCGGAAUCAGAGGAGUCGGACUCGGAUGAAGAAGAGAUGGAUAGGAAAGGAACACCAACUACCAAGAAGACUGAUGAAAAGGAAGAUCGGUUGGGUGCCUUUGAGAUCUUGGUGGAGAUGGCCACCAAGGCCAAGGACAAACUUGACCAGUCAUCGUCGGACAUUGAAAAGGGCGGCCUUGAAGAUGUGGACAUGUCGGACAUCCAAGCUGCUCAGUCUCUACAGGCCCUUCGCCAUGCGAGUGAGACCUCGGAGGUCGGCGAGAUGACAGCUUUCAAGGGAGAUACUUCUGCCACCAUGGACGACUCAUCGGAAAAGACCCUAUCGGGAUCGGAAGCAGAAGUGGAUGUGGGAGACUAUAAGAAUCUGUUGAUGAAACAACCCAAGGUUGUCCUUGAACCUUUGGCCAUCAUUGACCACACCUACUGCCAGAAACCAACCCCAGCCAAGGUCAAGCCUGCACCUGCUGCCGAAGAACUCAAGAAACAGGAGAUCCUCUCAGAGAAGACCACCAACCUCAUCCCAGAGGUCAAGUAUGUGUCGGUCGGCAAGGAGAAAGACAAGGAGGAAAAACAGAGGCAGAAAGCCGAGAAGGCAGAGAAGAAGAAGGCGCGGAAACGGAAGAAUGAGCUCGCCAAAAUCCUGGAGGAGGAGAUUGUCAUCGUUCCUGAGCCAAAGGUUCAGGAAUUCAAGCCAAGGAACUACUAUGAAGAGUGGACAUUGUUGUACGAGUUCCUCAGAACAGGCAUUACUCAUGAGGAUGCAUUCUACAUCAGGAAGAGUUACGAGACACUCCUGGAAGCUGGAAACUUCCCAUGGCUGAGUUACACCCAUUGGAUGGCACAUCCACUGACGUCAUGUCCAGACCCACCACAGCCCAAGAGAAAAAAGGUUGAUGAAGAGAGUAGGGUUCAUGCCACGGGUACUGCCAGGACGGAAGGAUACUACAAGAUCUCCAACAAAGAGAAAGUCAAGUACCUCACCAAGGCCAGGACGUAUGUCCAGGAGAGCGUGACGGACAGCAGCGCCUUGGAUGAGUCAACAACCAAGAAAAGAUUAGAGGUAUCCAGGGAUGCUCGAUCUGAUCAACGUCGAUUCAUUGCCGUCCUUCAGCAACAAGAAGAACAAGUGUCAAAUCUCUUCAAGUUCAACCAACUACAGUUCCGUAAGAAGGACCUCAAGUUCUGCAAGAGUUCCAUCCACGGCUGGGGUCUGUAUGCCAUGGAGCCCAUCGCAGCGGAUGAGAUGGUCAUAGAGUAUGUUGGUGAAUCAGUCCGGCAGAGUAUAGCUGAUAGCAGGGAGAAGGCCUAUGAGAGGAUGGGCAUUGGAAGCAGCUAUCUGUUCAGGAUCGAUGCAGUUACAAUCAUUGAUGCUACCAAGUCAGGCAACCUGGCUCGAUUCAUCAACCAUAGCUGUAAUCCCAACUGCUAUGCGAAGAUCAUCACUGUGGAGUCACAAAAGAAGAUUGUUAUCUACUCCAAGCAGGCUAUCAAUGUAGGAGAUGAGAUCACGUACGAUUAUAAGUUCCCUAUUGAAGAUGAGAAGAUUCCUUGUCUCUGUGGUGCUGCCCAGUGUCGUGGAACACUCAACUAACACCAGAUUCAGCUGUGCUAAACACCUCAGUGUUGCUUAGAGAUUAUUUCACAGUGCUUCCUAGUGUCAUAGGACACCACGCCAACACCUGUCCAGCUCGCCACCAGAUAAGGCUUGUGAUGGGAUCUUUUUACUGUUGAGGGUUUUCCAGAGUUUUGUAGCAAACAGUUUAGCACCAGAGCUUGGCAAAUGCUGUACACCUCAAUAAAUAGCAUUUUAUUGCAAUUUUAUUCUUAUAUCUGUAUGGUAUCUUGUCCAGUGUUAUAUAACACUCAGUUAACACCAGAGUUUGGAUAUACUUAACACCUCUAGCACCUUCAUUACAAAAAAAACACAUUUCUUUUUCGUGAAGAAUCUUUGAGGUAAUGGCAUUUGUUAAAUUAUGUUCAGUUAACACUGCAGUUUUACAAACACUUGACACCUUACUCUGACCUAUCAUUAAAAGAAUAUUAUGACUAUAGAUGGGCAAACACCUCGAUACUAAUCUUCUUUAUUACAAGAACUUUUGUUUUCAUCUUUGAGGUAAUGUCCAGUGUUUUCAUAACAGUUAGUCAUCAGCAUGACUUGAAAAACUCUAGACACUUCUCUUCAACAUUUUUUGUUACCAGAACAUACUUUAACUUUGGGUGCCCUCAAGUAAUGUAAACUAGUAUGUGCUUGGUCUUGGUAAAGAUUAAAAUCGAUAUUCCUUAGAUAAUAUUCUCGUCCAUGAAAUGCUUGAAUAGUAGUUUUGGUCCUUAAAAAUAUAGUAAUUGCUUGAAAACAAUUUGUCUUUUUUUUUAAAUAUUGAAUGAGAAGACUGAGGAACAUCAAUUACCAAAGUAAGAUCCUACAAAUUCCAAAGGGUACAUAAUUUACAAAAAAAGUUUUGCAUUACUCACCGGAAUUCCUAGCUACAUCCUGAUGGGGUCUGGCCCUGGUGAUAGAUUAUGCUUGCUUAUACAUGUAUAGUACUUAUCACUUUAUCAGAAGCCUCUACAUUAAUGCAGUUUAGCUACCCUGGCAUUAGCAGAGCAGCUGUAAGACACUUCUGGGUUUCAAGGAAUAAAUUCCUGCCAGGUACCCAUUUAAUUCAUUUGUGUUCAGUGCAGCCUAUUAUGGAUAAUUUUCUCUGAUUAAGAGAACCAUUACACAUGAUGCCUCCAUACUUAAGAGUUGAUUUAGCCCUUUUGCUUUCCUAGGAUUUCAAGAGAAGGUCGCUUUAGCAUGCCGUAGUUUGUUGUGAAUUUAUAUGAAGCAGGGUCAUCACUUUUUCAGGAAAAGGCAGAGAGUCCUACCUUUUCAUCACAUUUUGGGGGCUCAUUCUUGAUGACUUUCCUACUUUUUCAUGAAUAUAACCAAUAAAUACAAAUGAGAACACCCUUGAUUCCAUGCUGGCAUGGCCUCUGUGGUGUGUUCCAAGUAUGAUAGCCCAUUCAAUAUGAGAUUUUCUAAUUCAUGUAGACUAGGAUCACCUGGUUCUUGUAGGCCAUGGGUUAUUGAUAUGAAGCAUGUUCAAACUGUUCAAAGUAUUCAUACAUGAACUUGAACGAAAGUUUCUUCAAGGCCAUAUGUACCCAAAAUGUCUUAUAUCUAACUUCACCGACAUCCUGUGAAAAUGUGUUAUGAAUAUAACAUAUGUUUUAUUAAAUAUACUUUAAAUGGUUCCAUGGAACCAGUGCCGAUUUUAUUGAGCUUUGAAAAAAAUUGAUUCUAUUUUUAGAAAAUGAAUGUUAUGCAUUGUGUUGACAGUUAACUAAGUACAGAGAUGUUGUCCGUGGUUAAUGUUAACAUACACUCUUGUCAUAUUGUCAUGUUAUGAAACUUGAUAAUUCACUGUUUAACUCAUUUAUUUUUGUAUGCACCAACAAUGUAAGUAAUUCAUGGAAAAGCAGAGAAUGUCACAUGUUCAGAUUGCUUAUUUUUCUUGUAGAAGAAAAGAAUUGUGUUCAUGUUCAAAUACACUUGUCUUGUGCACAAUAAUCCAUUUCUUCCUAAAUGAUAAAGAGGGGGGGGGUCCGAUUUCCAGUUAUUAGCAGUAGAUGUAUGCGUUUACUUAUGACACACAUUUUUGUGUGUGUCUGUUGUCAUUGUUAAAUGACUUGCUUGUACAUGUAGUUCAAAAUUGUAGUUGACAUUUUCCUUUUCAAUAGUAUGUAAUCUCCAGAAGUGUCCAGUGUUAGGAUCUAUAUAAGUUGUAAGGUUUGUUUUCAGUAUUAGGCCAACCCAUCAGUAUUGUUUGGUAUGAAUGUUGCACUUGGCAAUUUGUGAAGUCUAGUGCUCCAUGUAGGAUUUCACCAACUUGGAGGACAUGGCACAUGGGAAAGGUUUUUGUCAAACAGUAUUUUACUGAAAUAGGUUCUUAUUUUUGGAGUUAAGAUUUUGAUAGAUCAUGUGUUUUGAUAGAUUAUUCAUAUUACCUUUUAAGUAUAAUUUGGACUUGUGGUCUGAAAUAACAGGUUCAGGGGAGGGGUGGGUGGGGGAUGCCAAGGAAGGGGUCUUCAAAAUUUUACAGUUUUUUUUUUCUUUCUGAAUAGGUCUUUUAGCUUUUGGAUGUGUUAUAAUCAAUUGAUUGUUGCGAGGUUUAAUAUAAUGUUUGAAGUUUGUGAAGUUUUGAAUUUCUACCGAUUUCCAAAAAUAUAUUUUUGUAAUUUGAUCUGAUUGAAUCAGAAUAUGCAUCCAUUUUUGUUAAUUACCUGGAUAUGACCGAUUUCAUUUUUGUUCCUACAAUGAGAAUAAUCUAGUGUAUAGUCUUGGGUCACGUUCUGACUUUACCAUCAUUCAUAACAACUGAAGGAAAUGGUUUUUAUCCAAACAUUUCACAAAAUAAUGUGCAUCAAAGGUGGUUGCAUUAUGGAAAUGGGUGAAUGACGGUUAUUUGUCUUUUCAAACAGAUUAUUUAAGUAGCAGUGUAUUCCACCAUGUUUGAGUUUUGUCAUUCAUGUGUUUGAUAAACAAUUUCAAGUAUUUACAUGUAAUGCUUCAUCAUGUACUUUUAAUUGAACUUCAGUUCCAUCCAAACAUUCAUGUGUAUUAAUACAGUUUGCAUGUGACGACAUAAAGGCAUUUUGGGGGAUAAUAUUUCUUGUGUUUUGUUAGUGUUGUGCAAAGGCAUGUAAGUUGCAUACAUGUAUAUCUAAUGUCAUUCGUCUACUUUUUUCUUCAUUUUAUGGUUUCUUUUGCAGCUACAAAAUAUUUGACAAUAAUCAAAUAAUACACUUUGCUGCAUGGAGUGAGGUAGCCGACUUUAAAUGUGUAUAGAUUUGUGGUAUCGCUUUGCUGUAUAGAGAAUAAUUUGAUCAUGCCAAUACUGCAUAGGUAGAGAAUCUGAAUUAUAGAAGGUUUGACUUGAAGGGUCGUCACUGCGAGGUUUGUCCUGCUGGGCUAUUUGUGAAAUAUAAGGCGCACAAAUGUUUGCUUAUUUCUUCUUCAUUCAUGUACAUAUUUUCUGUAUUAUAUUCUUGACUUUUGAUUUUGUAUAAAGGUUCUUGUUGGUUUCCUGUUCAAAUGAUGUGUGAAUUACGUAAAUAGUUGAUGCUGAUAUGUGAGUAUGUAUGUACAUGUACCUUUUGUUUUCAAUUUGUAUUGUAAAUACACAGAAAUAUAGCUCACAUUUUCCCUUUGAAAUCAAACUUGAGAAUGUACAGAAUAUAAAAUGCAAAAUGUUUGUAUCUCAAUUUGAUCCUGUUUCUCUUGUGGUUCUUGGUUAUUUCUCUACGUGAAAGUGAAUGAGUGGGGAUGAUGUGAAAAUGGCAAUGGGUAUUUCCAAUGUAUGGUGGAAACUCUAUAACCAUCGAAAUCUAUCUUGCUGUACUCCCUCUCUGAACGUUGGUGAUCAUGCUGUUGCCUACCACAACCCUUGGCUUGUUACUCUUCACAAGUACCGCCCCUUUUUUUCACUUUUCUCUCUUAAAAGCAUUUGCUCGCUCAUAUUUAUGCUUAUGGAAUCAAGCAUCUGACCCAAUGUCCUUUGCCUCCGAGGAUGAUGCAUCAAGCUGUUCGUAAAAUAACGCUUGACUUAAGUGGUGACAUGUCUUUGCUAUGGGUGAUGACCCAACACCACUUUUUCAAUUUUUUACCUUGUGAGAGUGGAUCAAACAUUUGACAAAUAAUGAAUUUCUCUUGCGAACAAAUUUCAAUUUUUCACUCAAAGUUAGUGCUCGGCAAAGUCAUUCUUAACUUACAAAUAGCUCCAUGAAACACUUUUUUUUAAUUUAAUUAUCAGGGUUCCAUCAUAUAAUGCACAGUUUGAAAUGGGUGGCAAUAUCAAAGACACAUUCUUGUGCAUGUGUACCAUUUGAGAAGCUACUUGUGUGAAAAAUGAAAGAUUUCUGUAUAAACGUGAACAUACGACACGGCAUGUCUCCCCCAUAAUGUACGAGACGGGCUUCCAGCAUGUGUGUGAGGUAUUUUUCUAUUGAAGUGGAACAAAAGGAAGACUAGAUCUAUAUUAAAUCAGUUUUGUGUCAAUCUAUAAGCUUUCACUACUGUCACAUGAACUUUAAAAUCAGUGGGGCCUCCACUGUCAUGGGGAAUUUUCACAUUUGAAUAUACAUAUAUACAUCACACAUGGUCAAACCAUGAUAGAUUAAGAUUUAUGACUAGCAGACAUGCUACUGAAAAAGGCCUCAUGGUAAAGUCACUGCAUCACUUUCACUUGCCCGACUCUAAUGCCCACAGCCAACAAGGCUUGGUUGAAGAUUUCUUUCUGGUACACCAAUUUCCCCAAAAGAUGGCUCUGUUGCAGGCAUUUCCAAUGAUGUUUACAAAGUAUGGGGUCAGUAAAUUAAAAUCCAUUCCCCAUGAAAGCUGAUGUCCCACUGAUUUUUAAGGAUCAAAUGCCAUCAUAGAUAUCAGCGCUCAUGCACAACUAGAAUACAACUGCACUUCAUGAGAAAUAGACCCAAAUAACAGUCACAAUAUGAUUUAUUGCCAUAGACAAGAACGAUCGCCACAGUACUCAUUCACAAAAAUAGUCAAUGUUCUUAAAAAUAGUGCGUUAAAAUAGUCUAACUCUAGUCUAUUCAUACAGUGGCUAGUGUACAUUUAAAACAUUUCUAGAAAUACCAGUAUAUAGAUAGAGGAAGACAACACAUUCUUUAAAUCCCUAGACAUGAAUACAUUAUAAUUGCAUAGAUAUAUAAAAUUACCAUUUCAGCCUCUAAUGACCAUAUACAGUCCGACAUUGCUUAUCUCGC